CUGUUCGUCGUCUCUGCUGCUGUGCUCCGCCACGCGACGCCCGACCCGCUCGAGCCUGUCUCCCUCUCCCUCCCUCCGAUCAUUCUCUCGUUGGCCUCUCUGAUUUCUGCCGACUGCAUCCGCUCUGCCAUUCGCGAGCUGAAGUGAAAGAGUGCACAAUGGUUCUCGGUGAGCAUUCUUUGACGAGGACACUCUACCAUGUGCUAUCCGUGGAAGAGGAUGCGAGCUACGAAGAAAUCAGGGCGAGUUAUCGGAGUAAAGUCCUUAAUCACCAUCCCGACAAAGCACGGGUGGCAGCUCCCGAGACUGGUGAUUCCGACAAAGCCAAGUUUCUUGAGAUACAGCAGGCUUGGGAGACCCUGAGCGAUGCGAGGUUGAGGAGACUCUACGACAGAGAGCUGCAGGCCUCGAGACAGGAUGUUUUAGUUGCAGAGGACGUUAGCUUGGAGGAUAUGCUGAUGGAAAGUGUCGAGGACGUCUUGCAGCUCUUUCACUCAUGCCGGUGCGGUGAUUACUUCUCGAUCGAUUCUGGGGAACUGGAAGAGAUGGGUUGUCAUCUGCUGAGAGAUGGGAGCAGUGUGGUGUCAAAGGUUUCGGGUACUUUGCCUGCAUCAGUCAUUAUUCCUUGCGGUUCAUGUUCGCUGAGGAUACGGCUCUUGGUUGAAUCGGAUGCAACUGUUUCAAUGGAUGAACUGCCAGUAUCAUGACACCAUUGACAAAGUCGUAUACGAAUUAUUCCAAGUUUUUCCUCAUUGUUGAUAGUAUAUGAGCAAGAAAGUUUGAUCAGAGAUCAGCUUCAACGAGAUGCUGCCUUCCCACCUCAUGGUGGCCGAAAUCUGAGAAUUGCCCGAAAUCGGGACUUGUGACGAGAACACGGUGAUCUUCAUGUCGUCGGCAAUCCAAUCAGAGGCAUAGUUGUAAUUCUUUUGUACACCAUAGAAACAAUAGAGAAACUAGACUUCCAUGAUUCAAUUUCCAAUUGAAUUUCCCUUAAUUUGUAAGAUUUCACUUCUCGAUUUAUAUCAAAGAAAAAUAUCGUGGUUGGAUUGGGAGUUAUUACGA